AUGUCGCCGCCCGGCAGCGGCCAUGAGAAGGUGGACUCGAAGGCGGCGGUGAAGCCCCAAAUGUUGACAAUCAAGGUGGUGGGCCAGGAGAAGGUGGUCCACCACACCAUGAGGAUGACCGACAAGCUCAAGGUCCUCAUGGACGUGUGGUACCACAAGGUGCCCAACGUGACAUAUGGCACCGGCGUCUUCCUCUACGACGGCUUGCGGGUGCGCAGAAAUAUGACCCCGGUGGGCCUUGAGAUGGAGGACGGGGACAUGCUUGAUUUCUUUGAACAUAUGGAUGGUGGAGCUGGACCAUUCAUUGUUGGAUCUAUGUAG